UUUUUCCUAGUCUUGAGGCAGGAUCAUGACAGACCCGUGUUUUGUGUACAAGCACAUGGCCUUGCCUUUGGGCCAUGUGCUUGUGUUGUCUCGUUCCCUUGCCCCGCCCCCCUUGUUAACCUAGUCGUGUCUUGAUUGUCCCAUCUGUGCCACCUGUCGUGUCUUGAUUGUUCCCCCUAUUUAGCUUUCCUAGUGUGCUCUGUCUUGCGUCGGUUCAUUGAGAUUUGUUCCCUAAGAAGUGUCAUUGUGAUUGUACCUCAACUGUGUCCUACAAUUGUGAUUGUGUGUGAGAUUGUGCUGUACCCGCUGAAGUCCUUGUAUUACCGUGAGUGUUUAUAGUUAGUAUUUAGAGUCCUUGUUUAUCUUGUCAGGCCAGUCCUGUUUUAGUUAUUUAGUCUUUACCUUGCUCCGUGUUUUCCCCCUCGUGGGUUUUGUUUUCCCCUUUUUGUAAUAAACCCUUUGUUUGAGAAUCCCUGUCUGCACCUGAGUUCCUCCCUUACCAAACCCUGACAGAAUGAACCGACCAAAAAGGAACUCAGCAGGCAGGAGGUCCCCCGAGCUCCAACAAUUGUUGGAGUUCCGUCGACAGUGUUGGAUGUCGUCCCCCACCGACAGGAAGGGGGUCACCCUCCCAUACUCGCCCGAGGGGGAGUGGAUCCUUCGGAAUUAUGCCCGGCUGUGGGAGAGCAUCUCCCAGGAGGAGCCACAGAGGUCCCCCCCACCUACCCAGCUGCCGGCGAUCCCGGAGGGUCGUGUCCUGGCCGUGGCAACCCUGGGGGAUCAGUUAGGUCCCUCCCAAGAUCCUGAGGCACCUCCCACUACCUUAAGUCUCCCCAACAAGCGAGGGAGACGGUUUUCAUGGGAGUCAACUUCUGAGUCUUCGGCGUCCGAGACUGCCCUGCCCGAGACCAAACUCCCCCAACCCGCCUCUGACCCAGCUGUGGCCUCUGCACCGCGCCCAAGGAGGAAGAGGAGGAAGAGGGGGCCUGCCGGUCCUGUGACCCUGUCUCCUCCCGUGCCAGCAGCGGAGAGCGCUGGCGUGCCCGUGCCAGCAGCGGAGAGCGCUGGCGUGCCCGUGCCAGCAGCGGAGAGCGCUGGCGUGCCCGUGCCAGCAGCGGAGAGCGCUGGCGUGCCCGUGCCAGCAGCGGUGGGCGUGCCCGACCCAGCAGCGGUGAGCGUGCCCGAGCCAGCAGCGGAGAGAGCUGGCGUGCCCGUGCCAGCAGCGGUGAGCGCUGGCGUGCCCGUGCCAGCAGCGGAGAGAGCUGGCGUGCCCGUGCCAGCAGCGGUGAGCGCUGGCGUGCCCGAGCCAGCAGCGGUGAGCGUGUCCGAGCCAGCAGCGGUGAGCACUGGCGUGCCCGAGCCGGCAAAGAAGAGGGCAGUAUGCAAGUCGGCAGUCGUGAGAGCGCAGGAGAGUGCCGCGGCCGACUCUGCAGCAAAGACUUUAGUUCAGUGUAUCUCAUCUCGUAAGGAGAUGCCAAUUGUCUUAGCGGCUAAAGCCUUUUCUGAUUAUUUGUCUAGUCUUGUCCGUAUCCUAGAAGUCCCCGUCAGUCCUGUCUUGUCCUCAGACCCUGUCCCCAGAAAUCCCGAGUGUCCUGAUGUCGUCUCCCCGUGUCCCGUAGAUGUCGUCUCCCCGUGUCCCGUGAAUGUUGCCCCGUGUCCCGUAGAUGUCCCGUGUCCAGUAGAUGUUGUCGUCCCGUGUCCAGUAGAUGUUGUCCCCCCGUGUCCAGCUGUCGUCUCCCCGCGUCCCGUAAGUCUCGCCCCGCGUCCCGUAAGUGUUGCCCCGCGUCCCUUGUCUGCUCCUAUCAUGUCCCCUGUCAGUUGUCCCGAGACCCCUCCCCGCCCCUCACCACCCAGACCUGCCCGUACCCCCCGUCGUCAGCCUUCAUCCUGUCCUCCUAAAACUCCUGCCCCACCCACUCACCCUGGUCUGUCCCCCAUGAACUUUGUGGUCCCGCCUCCUCCCCUUCCCUGUUUGUUUUUUUUGAUUUGUCACCCUAACCCUGCCGUCGUGUAUUCAUGUCUGCCUUUGUUAUUAUUUGUCAUGUCUUGUUGGUUUGUGUCGGUGUCCCAGUCUGUCAUGUCAGUCGUGUCCCGUGUUUGAUGUUCCCUUGAGGAGCGUCUGGAAGCCGCUCCUUAAGGGAGGGGUUCUGUCAUGAUUCUGCCCUCGUGUCCUUGAUUUUUCCUAGUCUUGAGGCAGGAUCAUGACAGACCCGUGUUUUGUGUACAAGCACAUGGCCUUGCCUUUGGGCCAUGUGCUUGUGUUGUCUCGUUCCCUUGCCCCGCCCCCCUUGUUAACCUAGUCGUGUCUUGAUUGUCCCAUCUGUGCCACCUGUCGUGUCUUGAUUGUUCCCCCUAUUUAGCUUUCCUAGUGUGCUCUGUCUUGCGUCGGUUCAUUGAGAUUUGUUCCCUAAGAAGUGUCAUUGUGAUUGUACCUCAACUGUGUCCUACAAUUGUGAUUGUGUGUGAGAUUGUGCUGUACCCGCUGAAGUCCUUGUAUUACCGUGAGUGUUUAUAGUUAGUAUUUAGAGUCCUUGUUUAUCUUGUCAGUCCAGUCCUGUUUUAGUUAUUUAGUCUUUACCUUGCUCCGUGUUUUCCCCCUCGUGGGUUUUGUUUUCCCCUUUUUGUAAUAAACCCUUUGUUUGAGAAUCCC